GGCUGGCAACGCCGUGCUCCACACCACUCACACGCACGCAAUACAUGCGAAAAGUGCGAAGUGGAAGAGGAAGAACUCGACGAAGAAGAAGCAGCGGCAAACUUUAUGUCGGACGGUGGAAAGCAGAAUAAAAAUUUGCACUUAAUGCGAAAUUAAACGGUCAACCGCAGUCGAUUAUCCGUUAGAUAGGCUGCAGAGUGUGUUAGCAAACCGCGAAACAUUCAAAGUGAACAAAUUUUAACGUUUUCCAUUCAAUUUCUCAUUUCUCAUCGCUAAUAUAACAAACGAAACUCCCCGAGUGUGCGGCUGUGUGCGUGCGGUGUUUAAACGCCCACCAGAAAGACUGAAACAAGGAUCGUCUUUGGCCCAAAAGCGGCGAUCCCAGCACCUAGACCUCAGCCAGAGCCACAGCCACAGCCACAUCCUUGCCCAUUCUCCAGCGCAGCGGGACGAAGAGGAGCGCGGCGGCGGCGUGAAGGAAGCUAACGCUAAUGAGGAUCUAUUGGCAGCAUGAGUACACUGGGGGGAAGUAGGGGAGAGCGAAAUGCCAAGCCCAAAUUUACUGCGUUGGAUAUAAAUCGCAUGUACAAGAAUAGCCGCGGCGAGUCGAGUGAACCAUCUGCACAAAAGAAUCAAGUGCCACGUAAACAUGGAAUGCAAAUCUUGGGCAAAGUGCCGUCCGCUAGGCGACCACCAGCCAAUCUGCCAUCCCUGAAGGCCGAGACCCACACCAGCAGCAACAAUAAUCUCCUCCUAGUCUCAGUCGAAGGAGCCACAUCUGGAGGAGCAGGCGCAGGCGGAGCAGCGGGAGCAGGCGCGGCAGGAACAAAUACUAGCCACAACAACACCACUGCCCACAGCGGAAGUUCAGGAACGGGCGGCGGAACGGGUUCAGGCGGAGGAGGAGCUGCGUCGUCAUCUGCUCUCGGCCAUCAUACCCAGCAGCAAGCCCACAGCCAGCACCAGCACAACAACAACGUAGGCCUUGGUCCGAACGCUGGAAAGUUCGUCAACAGCAACAACAGCAGUAGCAACAAUAACGCCGGCGGCUCAGGCGGCGGCGGUAAUAAGAACUUCAAAUUAAUCAACAACUCCGUGAGCAGCUCAGGCGGCGGAGGAGGAGGAGUCGGCAACAGCGGCUCGACAGGAGGAGGAGCAGGGUCCGGAUUGGGCGGACACUCAAUCAACUCGCCCAAGACAUGGUCUGCCAUCACCACAGGACACGAACGGGGCUCGGGCGGCCAGCACUUCGGCCGCCAGCAGCAGCAGGUGGUGCCCCACUACCAGAGUCCCCAGUUCCAGUACGAGUUCCCCACGCUGGACGGCACAGUUGGCAGCGGCGCCGGCGGCGGGUCGGGUGCGGGUGUGGGAUCCGGAGCUGGAGCGGGCAAGAGCCAUUACCAGAACCAGGCGCACCAUGCCGGCCACCAAAAUCACCACCAGCAUCAGCAGCACCACCAGCAGCAUCAACAGCACCACCACCAGCAGCAACAGCACCAUCGGGACUACCACCAUGGCCACGGGCGCCAGUAUGGACACCACUCGCAUCGCGACUACAGAGAUGGCAGCGACGACGUCGGCGGCGGCGGGUCCGUGGAGCUGGGCGAGCUCAGCCUUCGUCCGCAGAACGACACGGCCGCCUGGCUGCAGCAGCAGGAGAAGGCUGCCAAGGUGGCAGCAGCUGCGGCAGCGGACCAGGGUCUCAACCUACAGGGCCCGGUCCACCACCAGAUGGGGGUAACGGCGGCGGGAGGAGGAGGAGGAGGUGGAGGAGGAUCGGGCGGAGCUGUGCCCCUGCCCAUCCUCUCGCUGAUGCCCUCGUUCAUGCGCAGCGGUGCUCCGUUGCCCGCCGCAGGAGCGACGGCGGCCAGCAUCUUGGCCGGCGGAUCCUUGGACUCCGCCGCCAUGCCCAGCGCUCCCUACCAAAACGGCAUACUGGGCGGUCGCUCGGCCUCGCCUGCUGUAGUGGGCAGUGGCGGCUUCCGGGCGGCCACAGCCAUCCCCAAGCGACCACCGGCCUCCUCCUCGCCCCCUCAGUCUGGACUAGGCCUUGGAGGAUCUCCCACUCCCCCACAAUCCCAGCAGCAGCAGCAGGCUAACGGCGGGGGAGGCGGCGGAGCCGGGCGCAAGGACAAGGACUAUGUGGUAGAGCCGGAAGUGGCUCAGAUGCAGCGUCCCAUCAUCCGCGAGGAGGACCUGGAGCGCCUCAACGCCAUUGCCAAGGACGACAGCUGGACCAAGCAGGACGACAUUGACUACACGAAGAAACUAACAUUCUCGGACGACGAGUCCACGCCGGAGGAGCACCAGGGGCAGGGCAAGCAGCAGCAGCAGCACGGCUCCGCCCAGCUGCAGACGCAAGGAUCAUCCUCCUCAGUAUUGGCUGGCAACGAUCAACGCAAGCUGUCCACCUCCACAUCCAGUUGGCAGCGCGGCAAGGAGAGCACCGAGCGCGAACAGCAGCCACCAGAAGUUAUUCAGGACCAGCAGCAGCAGCAGCUCCAGCAGCAGCAGCAGCAACAACAGCAACAACAGCAGCAGCAGCAAGAGAUCCGCCAGCAGAACGGCCAUCGAGGCAGCUCAGGCAAUGUGGGAGCGCCGGUGGCCGGCGGAAUCGCCUUGGAUGCCAGUGUCUACGAGCGAGUGAAGCAGCGCAAGGAGGAGGAGGAGCGUCGCGAAAUGGAACGCAAGCAGGCGGCUGCCAAGAAGCUGCAGGAACUAGAAAUGAAGAUGAAUAGCAAAAAGGCGGCGGCGGCAGCCCUGGCCGGAGCCGAUGGAGGAUCCCUCUCGUCCGCGGCCUCAUUGGCCGGCAAUGAAGUGCCACCCCCGUCCGCAUCGCUGGGCAACGUCAGCGAGGACGAGGGAGGAGGCCAAGGCGGUGGCGGCAGCGGCAGCGGAGGUUUGCACCGUCGACCCCGGGGAAGCAUCUCCAGUCUGGGCAGCGGCGUCACUCCCACGGGAGGAGCUGGUGGAGGUGGCGGAGCAUCGUCAUCCUCGUCGGCAGGCGGCGACUACGGCCAAAAGACCUUCCUCACCCAUUUCCAAUCAAAUUUACCACCCCGCUUCCAGCGCCAGCAGCAGCAGCAACAGCAGCAGCUGCCGCGCUUGGAAAAGAGCGCCUCGGCCAGCAGCGCAUUCGAUAGCAAUUCCCGCUAUCUGCAGAAGGGUGGUGUCGGCGGAGGCGGAGGCGGUGGAGGAGGUGGUGGCGUUGCGAGUGGAGGACCACAAGCCAAUGCUGGACAGGGUCGCACCAUCUCCGGCGGCUAUGCGCAGCGCGGUGCCAGCAUCGGAGGCAGCGGUGGCGGCGGCGGCGGCGGAUACGGACGCAACCGGCACGACAGCAACAGUGCUCGAGAGGAGCAGGAGCUGGAGCAGCAGCAACAGCAGCAGCGGUUCACCCGCGGCGUGGACUACCGACAGGCGCAACCGCUGCCGCGCAGCAUAUCGGAGAACUCGCACCGCAAGACCAGCGUGUCAUCGGCUGGCGACGAUGUCCUGGGCACCGGCAGCGGCUCCUGUUCAUCGUGGGCAGAGCAAACGGAUGCCGAGCAGAAGGUUCACCAUCGCCACCGCGAGGAGAGCUUCUCCUCGAGCCACAGCCACGACUCGACGGUGCAGAUAAAGAUCCUGCAGCGUCCGGCCCGCCAGCCGAGCCUCAGUGAGGAGUCAUCGCAGUCGCAGCAGAAGCAGCUGCCCGCCUCGCCGCAGCAGCAGAAAUCGCUGACGGCGGAGCCCAUGCCCACGCAGAUCCUGCGGCGCAGCGUGGAGAUCGAGAAGCCCGUCGAGGAGAGGGCGGACGACAAGGCCGCCUUGGAUUCCGAGGACAAGGCGAAGUCAGGGGCCUCAUCCGGCAAGUUGGCGGAUGAGGAUAAGUCUGGCAACAAGCGGCCCAGUCCCAGGAGCGGAGGAGCGGCAUGCGGAGGAGGAGGCGGAGGAGGGGGAGGUCGAGUUGGAGGUCGUAGCUAUACCAGCGGCAGUGGCGGUUCAUCCGUCGGAUCGGGCAGUAGCUACCGCGGCCAGAGGAGCGCCGGUGACUGGAACAGCAGUCGUGGCAGCGGCGGCGGCAGACGUUACUACGGCAGCGGAGGCGAGCAGUCGGAGCACUCCGAGGACGUGGACGAGGACUGCUACAGCAGCAGUGGAGGAGGCGGAGCAGCAACGCGUCGCAGCCCCAAAGAAGCGGGCAGCAGUGCAGCCAAUUCCGGCCAGGCUGCGGCCAACAAGGCGGGCUUCUCGCCCCGCGGCGAACCGUCGCGACGUGGACGUGGUGGCCUCUCCAGCGGAGGAGGUGGCGGCGGCGGCUCCGCUCCCGGUUAUCGUCGUCAGCCCGUGGGCUCUGGCUCUGGCUCUGGCUCCGGCUCCGGCUCUGGCCCGGGAUCGGGUGGAGCGGGGGGCCGCAGCUACGGCAGACUCGGCUACGAGGAGUACGGCAAGCAGCAGCGCACCUCCGAAUCGGACGCGGACCUGGACAAGACCAAGCAGAACCAGCUGGCACUCAGCGCCGGCCUGCACAAACCCAGCAAGGAUGACAAGGAUUCGUCGUCUGCGCUCAGCGGCGAGGAGAAGGACAAGACUGCCACUCUAGCUCCUGCCCACAACACUGCCCUGCUGGCGAAGGACGAGCUGCUGCUGCAGAAGGAGUCGGCGGGUCGCCUGCUGCCACCCGGCCUUUCGGGAUCAGUGGGAUCGGCCGCUGCCUCAGCCUCUGGCUCUGCCUCUGCCUCUGCCACAUCCGUAGCCACAUCCGGCGCAGUUCCCAGCUCAGCAGCGGACCAGAAGAAGAAGGGUGAGUCGUCCUCCUGUGCCGUUGUCGGCGGCGAGAAGGUGACGGGCGGCAAGUUGCCCGCCAUUGGCGAGAAGACCUCGCUGGGCGCCGUUGGCUCGGGUCCAUCCACCAAUCUGCUGUUGGACGCCGGCGCCCCCGUCAACACGAUCAUCUUCGAGAACUCGACAUACAAGCAGCAGGCGGCGGCCGCUGCCGUGGUGGCCAAGCCCGGCACGCUCUCGGUGUCCAGUGGCGGACCGGCCAGCAUGUCCGUGGACAGCCUGUCCAGUGCCCUCUCGCAGAUGAGUUUCGGGGGCAAGGCGACGGCUCCGGGCGCCGGCGACGAUUCGCAGGAUAUGAAACUGGGCUUCAGCUUUGGCGAUGACCCCACAACGCCUCUCAAGGUGGUCGACACCAUUGAUAAAACGGCCAGCCAGCAGCAGCAGCAACAACAACAACACUCCCAGCAACAGCAGCAGCAAAACAACUCGACGGCGGAUCUGAACAUGAAGAUAGCCAGCGUGAAGAAGGUCUGGGAGUCGGCCACGCCCAUGUCCGACGGACCCUCGCCGUCGCAGGUGCAACAGCAGCAGCAACAGCAACAGCAACAACAGCAGCAGCAGCAACAGCCCCAGCAGCAACAGCAAUCGCAGGUGCAAGUGGUGGCGCAGCAGCAGCAGCAGCAACAACAACAACAACAGCAGCAGGUUGUGGGUGGACCGCAGCAGGCUGGAGACGAUGGUAGUGGCCACAUGAGCGCCGCCUCCUUCGUGGCCGCAGUGGCCGCCUCACAGCACCAGCAGCAGCACCAACAGCAGCACCAGCAGAUGCCGCACUACGCGGUGUCGGCGGUGCACAUGCAGAGCCACCACCACCAACAGCAGCAGCAGCAGCAGCAGGCGGCGGCAGCGGUGGCGGCAGCGCAGGCGCAGCACCACCAGCAGCAGCAGGCACAGGCGCACCACCAGCAGCAGCACCAUGCACUCUCCUCGCCGGGCCCGGUGCCCGGAGGACAUGGCCACGGCUACGGCCAUGGGUCGCCGUUCGACGCGGGAUCGUUGGAGCAGCAGUUCCAGCAGGAGGACUAUCCCAGUCCCCAGCAGCAACAGCAGGCGCACCAGAAGACCAAGCAGUUGCAGCAGCAGCAGCAGCACCUGGGCAUGUCUCCGCCGCCCAGCCAACAGCAGCAGCAGCACUCGCAGCAGCAACAGCAGCAGCAGCAGGCUCAUCAGCAACAGCAGCAGCAGCAGGCACACCAGCAACAACAGCAGCAACAGCCCUCGUUCUACCAGGCGUCACCACAGUUCGGCGUCGGUGGCAUUCCCACGAUCCCCAGCCCGCCGGCCGUGGUGUUCAACUCGUCGCAGAUGCCGCCGCCGCCACCGUCACAGGGCGGCAAUCUGUACGCUCCAUUCCAUUCGCUCGAUCAUUCGAGCCGUUCGCCCGCCUACUCGGCGGCGGCGGCCGCCCACAGCUUCCCGAACCACUAUGCGGCAGCAGCAGCGGCGGCGGCGGCAGCGGCCGCGGGCGGCGGUCCCUUCAACGUCAACGUGAACGCCUAUGCGAUGCAGACGCCGCACGGCGGCAACCUCCCGCCCACGGCGCCCACUCCGGACAUGUACUCGAACCUCUCGUCCCAGUUCCGGCUGGGCGGUGGUCCGGGUCCCGGACCGGGUCCCUUCGGCCAGCCCAGCUCGCAGCAGCUGAGCAACCCCAGCAACCACGCUGCGGUGGCCAUCAUCUCGUCCAGCAGCAACUCCAUGAUGUCGUCUGGGGCGGCCAAGCCGCCGCCCAGCCAGCAGCCCAUCGGGGCCAUAGGCUCCAAGUCGGCGGGCAGCGGCGGUGGUCCGGGACCGGGACCGGGACCCGGCCCGUAUGCCACUACCCAGCAGUACAUGAAUCUUUAUGCCGGUCCGCCGCAGCAUCCGGGCCAGGGUGGUCCGCCGCCGGGCGCCCACCAGCUGCAGUCGAACAGCUACUACUCGAAUUCGGCGCCGGGCGGCCCAAGCGGACCGCAAUUCUACGGCGGACCGCCGCCGCAGGGCAAUGGCGGGGCCCAGAGCUACGGCCUGGCCACCGCCGCCGGCAUGUAUGGCGGCCAUCAGGGCGGUCCGCCCGGCUCCAAUGGGCCGCCGGGACCGCCGCAGUCGCAGCACACCAUGGGCACCUUUAACACGCAGUUCAUGAACUCGCAACUCCUGACGGCGGCCAGCAUCAACCAGUACCGCGGCGGACCCACGCCCGGAGCCGCUUAUCUCAAGGGCAGCCAGGGCCAGGCACACAUGCAGGACUCGAUGGGUCGUCAGCUGAAGAGUCCACUGAGCGCGGACAUGAGCCUCGGUCUGGCCAAGCAGGUGCAGUCGCAGCCCAGUCCACCGCACCAUAAGAACUACGGCGCGUGGGACCUGCAGAACCAGGUGCUGCAGCAGCAGCAAUCUCAGCAGCAGCAGCAACAGCGGCAGGGCGGCGGCGGCAACGGGCCGAACAUGAAUGCCCUGGGCGGCCGAGGCAGCGGGGCGGUGGGCAGCGGCAGCGGCAACGGAGGAGGAGGAGGAGGAGGCGGUGGCUCUCAGGUGGGCGGCAACGGCGGUGGCAAUGGCGUCGGCAGCGUUGGCCAAAGUGGCGGCGGACAAGGACGCUAUCCAACGCCCAUCCAGCGGCCCAACAACUACCCGCAGCAUCCCCAGCAACAGCAGCAACAACAGCAGCAGCAGCAGCAACAGCGGGAUGCAGCAGCGGCAGCAGCGGCGGCGGCUCAGCGGGCCCAAAAUAUGCGCCAGGUGACCGGUGGCGGCGGAGGAGUGCCCGGAAGUGCCGGCGGCGGCGGGGGCGGCAGCAAUACCCCUGUGGGACCGCCCGGCGGCAAUAACGGCGGCAACGGCGGUCCUGGCGGAGCGGUCGUCGGAGGAGGAGGAGGAGCGGGCGGAGCGGCGGGCUCCGGACCCGGAAAACCCUACUAUGCGAAUAACGCCGCCGGCACGGGCGGUGGGGCCAAUCGCGGGGAGUGGCAUGCGAACUGAGCGAACUGCAUCCGAGCACCACCCACCAGUCCACCAGUCCACCAUCCCAGCCACACCCGUCAGCAAACCCGAGAACAACAAAAUCAAGUGAGAUACAAAUGGAAAGCAGGAGGAUGUCAGUCGUCAGACGGUCAGUCCGAGAGCUGGAGGAAAACGUAUCUUAAACAAAACGAGAACAUUAACGCAAACACAGAAAGCAGCCAGGAAGUCGAAACUAGCGAAAGCCAAGAGAAAGUGAGAAAGAAUAUAAACAAGCAGCGAAACCAAGCGGAACACAAAAAUCCAACCUUCAUUCACAUCAUGUAAAAGGGGGAUGUUGUGAGUAGGAAAGUGAGCUACUGGGGGAAUCCCUGUCAUAACCGCAAAAAGGCAAAAAGGCAACUCAGCAAAUAAUCAGCGAAAGGCAACCGUAGCGAAGAAUCGCAAAUCGCAAAUCGAAAGUGAGAAGACGAAGGGUUCAACAGGAAACGAGUAAGGAAAAACUAAUUGCAAGAAGAAAAAAAUAUUUAAAAAACAACACCACACACCACACACACACACAUGCAUACAUAUACAUAUACAUAUACAUACAUACUUACAUAAAAUAGCAGAGUGUAUUUUUUGUCAAACAAAUUUACAUAAUAAUAUAUUACUUUUAUAUACUUAUGAUUUUUUGUAGUAGAGUCUUUCUCAUUUAAACAAAACAAAACAAAACAAACGAAACCAGAAAAACAGAAAAACAGAAAAUGAACCUUUGGCACUGCGUAUGCUUUCAUUUCUUUAUAUAUUAUACAUAUUGUUUAAUUUUUUUUGCAACCAACAAAAAAUCAACUAAUAAUUCUAAUUUAUGUUUAUGCUACAAUAUACAUUAUAUAUACAAUCUA